ACGAGGUCAUCGCCUUGAAGCUGGAGCUCGAGCAGUCGCGGCGAGUCGGGGAGAAUGAACGUGCGAGAAAGCCCCAGUGCGGUUCGGAAGCUGAGCAUGAGUUAGCUGUGUCCUACCUUUGCAUAUAUGGAACGCACCUCUUCUUGGGCGUCUCCACCGACUUGAUUGUCAGCGCUCCCUUGGUCCCAGGCAGCUUCACGUACUCCAGCUUCGGCGGUGGCAUCGCUGAUGAGG